AUGGCUGCCCGCAAGAUUAAACUUUUUGGAAAGCCUGGACCAUUAUGUCCAGUGCAGUAUAAAAGACUAGAAAAAGAAUUUCAUUUUGCUAAUCAAUGGACUCCCAUUUGGUGUGGUGAUAACAUGGGCCUGAGAUAUGAGGUCCACAUGUGGGGGAAUAAGGUUGAGGUCAAUUUAGCUGAAUGGACAUGCACUUGUGGAGUAUGGCAACUAACAGGGAUGCCAUGCCGACAUGCCAUUGCAACAAUAACUCACAAAGGAGGGAAGCCUGAGGACAUGUGUCAUGAGUGGUUGUCAAUAGAAGCUUAUAAUAAGACAUACCAGCAUUUUAUUGAACCAGUCCAAGGACCACAAUAUUGGGCCCAAACACAGUAUACACACCCUAUUCCACCACAUAAAAGGGUCCAAAGAGGAAGGCCAAAGAAAAAUAGAAGGAGAUCUGUAGAUGAGGACAAUGUCACAGGACAUAAGCUAAAGAGGAAAUUGGCUGAGUUUACAUGUGGAAGGUGUGGCCAAACCAAUCAUAACAUUAGAAGCUGUAAAAAUAGUGGAGUUCCUGUUAGGCCAAAGAAAUAUGUUGCACCAUCAACUUCAAAUGAGGAUGACCACCUAUUAUCUCAAGAUGAACAAGCUUUGAAUGAGGCUGAAAAAGCUGCUGCUCAUGUUCAACAAGAUCCAGUGGAGAUUAAUUUAUCUCAGCCUCAUUUGUCACAAGAUAUUGACAUGGAGUUGAUGGUCCCUGCAACUAUUGUUCCACCAAUAGCAAGGAAUAAGUUAACCAUAACAAGAGCCAAACAAAGGAAGGUUGCUGAUAAAGAUGAUGCAAAUAACCUUCCUAGGUUCCUCCUUGUUCUUGCAGUUCGAAUAGCUGCACGUCUUCCAUGGUGGCAUUGCCGAAUGAAACUACCAGAAAAUGCACAACAACUGCCACUUGCAGACAUGGAGAAAUCAAGUGAACAAGCAGCAGCGACUGAGCCUCAGAGUAGAAGAAGAAGAAGCGACUCAGCGUGGGAAACCAGCAGCUUCGUAAACCCUAAUUUAUUUGGGGAAGAAGAAGAAGUAACCUUGCGUGAGAGAGAAUUUAUACAUGCAGACCUCAGUGCCACGUUGGACAGUCUACAUGGCACUGAAUUGCCACCUAUACACCUCACUAACGCGGUCACCUGA